GGCCAUUGAAGCAAGCCGCCCUAUGCAAUAGCCUCUCUCACCUUUCUCUCUCUACGUCUCUCUUUCCCGUUCCGUCUUCUCACCUCGCCACCGUAGUAGUCUGUUUUUUUCCCUUUUAGCUGAGAUUUUUGUUAUUCUCUCAACAAAUUCUCUCCUCCUUCCUCCUUUAUUCCCUCUCUCUCAAUUAGGGUUUCGUUUCGUUCGGCUUUCACCUUCCAGCUUCCUUCCUCGAUUACUCCACUUUGUCCAUUUCCUCCGCCACCUCUCACCUCUCUCUCUCGUCUGGUCUUCAAUCGGUUCCCGGAAUUGAACAUGGGUUUUGCUUGAAUCGGCUUGGGGACUGGCAAUUUCGCACUUGCUGCUGCUGCCGCCGCCGAUUCGAGGAUCUUGGAGGUCUGAUUUUUGGGGCGGAGGUUUCUAGGGUUUACGAUUGCAGGAUCCGGUAAUCCGUCUGUGUGAGAUGCGAGACGGAGUCCGAUCGUCGCCGGGAAGCGCGUGUUGAACACGCGACCCUUCCGUUUUGAGGGGCCGUUUCGUAAUUGUAUGGAAACUCGGAGCCGGAAGCGGGCGGAGGCGACCUCAUCAGCCCCUUCAUCGUCUUCCUCGCAGUCAGCUGCUGCUGGUCCCACCACCCGCUCCGCCAAGCGCGUCCGUCUCACUGCAUCCUCUGCGCCCACCGCCCCUGCUACCCGCUCUCGAGCCGCCCGUUCCCGCGACGCUCGACCUCCACCGCCUCCUUUGCCUGCAUCCAUGGACCCGACCACCGAGUCAUCUGGUUCCCGCCGUGACCGUAGAAGGAACAACCCUGAGAACUCUGACAAGGGCAAAGAAAAAGAGCAUGAGGUUCGGGUCAGGGACAGAGAUAGAGAUAGGGACCCCGAGAGGGGCUUAGGCCUUAACAUGGACCGGGAAGGCAAUGAAGACGACGAUAAUGACAGUGAGGCUGGGUUGGGAAUUAUGAACCAUAACUUGACUUCAGCUAGCAGUGCCCUUCAGGGCCUACUGAGGAAGCUCGGAGCGGGAUUGGACGACCUUCUCCCUACAACAGCAAUGGGGUCCGCUUCAUCCUCCCACCAGAAUGGACGGAUCAAGAAGAUCCUCGCUGGGCUCAGAGCGGAUGGGGAGGAGGGGAAGCAGGUGGAGGCACUGACUCAGCUCUGCGACAUGCUGUCAAUUGGGACUGAGGACUCGCUUAGCACCUUUUCUGUGGACUCAUUCGUACCUGUGCUUGUGGGGCUACUCAACCAUGAGAGCAACCCCGACAUAAUGCUCCUUGCUGCGAGGGCUCUCACACAUCUCUGUGACGUGCUGCCUUCGUCCUGUGCUGCUGUCGUGCAUUAUGGGGCAGUGUCUUGCUUCUGUGCAAGGCUAUUGACAAUUGAGUACAUGGACUUGGCUGAGCAGUCUCUUCAAGCGUUAAAGAAGAUCUCUCAAGAGCAUCCUACUGCCUGUUUGCGAGCUGGUGCACUGAUGGCCGUGCUUUCAUACCUCGAUUUUUUCUCCACUGGAGUGCAGAGAGUGGCACUGUCUACAGCUGCCAAUAUGUGCAGAAAGCUCCCUUCCGAUGCAGCUGAUUUUGUGAUGGAAGCUGUUCCAUUGUUGACAAAUCUUCUUCAGUACCAUGAUUCCAAGGUCCUAGAGCAUGCUUCUGUUUGCUUAACUCGAAUUGCCGAAGCAUUUGCAUCAUCUCCUGAUAAGUUGGAUGAAUUGUGCAAUCAUGGAUUGGUUACACAAGCUGCUUCACUUAUCUCGUCGAGUAAUUCUGGCGGUGCACAAGCAUCUCUCAGCACUUCUACCUAUACAGGUUUAAUCCGAAUUCUCUCCACUUGUGCAAGUGGGUCCCCUUUAGGAGCCAAAACCCUGCUUCUCCUUGGCAUAAGUGGCACCCUUAGGGAUAUAUUGUCGGGAUCAGGUGUGUCUGCUAAUGGUUCUGUGCCACCUGCUUUGAGCAGGCCACCAGAGCAGAUUUUUGAGAUUGUAAACCUGGCAAAUGAGCUGCUCCCACCACUGCCACAAGGAACAAUAUCUCUUCCUGCUAGCUCCAAUGUAUUCAUCAAAGGUUCAAUGUUGAAGAAGUCUCCUGCCUGUGCUUCUGGAAAAGCAGAAGAAACCAAUGGCAGUUCUAAUGAGAUUUCUGCUCGCGAGAAAUUAUUGAAUGAGCAGCCUGAACUUCUAAAACAAUUUGGAAUGGAUCUGCUUCCUGUCCUAAUACAGAUUUAUGGCUCAAGUGUGAAUGGUCCUGUUCGCCACAAAUGUCUCUCUGUGAUUGCAAAGUUGAUGUACUUCAGUGGUUCAGAGAUGAUCCAGUCAUUGCUGAGUGUAACUAACAUAUCCAGUUUUUUAGCUGGUGUUUUAGCAUGGAAAGAUCCACAUGUAUUGGUUCCUGCGUUACAAAUUGCCGACAUUCUGAUGGAAAAGCUUCCCGAGACUUUCUCCAAGAUGUUUGUCAGGGAAGGUGUUGUUCAUGCUGUAGAUCAACUUAUAUUACCGGGGAACACCAGUUCUGCGCAAGCAUCCACUGUUGAUAAGGAUAAUGACUCUAUAACUGGAUCAUCAUCUCGGUCUAGGCGAUAUAGGCGGCGUGCUGCUAAUUCAAAUACUGAUGGCAGUUCUGUAGAAGAACCCAAAAAUCCUCUUACGAUCAAUAUUGGUUCACCGCCUGGUUCUGCAGAAGUUCCGACUAGUUCCAGUCUCCGGACAGCUGUCAGUGCUUGUGCUAAAGCAUUUAAAGAUAAAUACUUCCCUUCAGAUCCAGGAGCUGAAGAAGUUGGGGUCACGGAAGAUCUUUUACAUUUGAAAAAUCUCUGCAUGAAACUGAAUACCGGUGUGGAUGACCAAAAGACGAGAGCUAAGGGGAAGUCCAAAGUAUCUGGGUUUCGCCUUGCUGAUAUUUCUGCUGGUAAAGAUGAUCACUUAGCAGAUGUCACUUCUGAGAUGUUGGCAGAAUUGAGCAAGGGAGAUGGUGUGUCUACUUUUGAAUUCAUAGGCAGUGGUGUGGUUGGAGCUUUGCUCAAUUAUUUCUCUUGUGGGCAUUUCUCCAAGGAGAGAAUUAGCGAAGCUAAUAUUUCCAAGCUUCGUGAGCAAGCAUUGAAGAGAUAUAAAUCAUUCAUUAAUAUUGCCCUUCCAUCUGGUGCUGGUGAAAGGGCUGUUGCUCCUAUGACUGUUCUAGUUCAGAAGCUUCAAAAUGCUUUAUCAUCCCUAGAGCGUUUCCCUGUGGUCUUAAGCCAUUCAUCCAGGUCAUCUGGUGCAAGCGGGCGCCUCUCUUCUGGCCUCGGUGCAUUAUCUCAUCCCUUCAAGCUGCGUUUGUGCCGUGUCCAAGGAGAAAAAUCAAUUCGUGAUUAUUCGUCAAAUGUGGUGCUGAUUGAUCCACUGGCAACUUUGACAGCAGUGGAGGACUUUCUGUGGCCCCGAGUUCAGCGCAGUGAAUUAGGUCAGAAGUCCUCAGCAUCAGCAGGGAAUUCGGAGCCGGCGAUGCCUGCAUCAGGUGGUGCCACUCCAUCGCCUUCAACUUCAACACCUGCUUCUACCACACGACGCCCUUCCACUAGGUCCAGAUCUUCUGUAAAUAUUGGAGAUAGUGCAAGAAAAGAACCAACUCAAGAGAAAAGUGCAAGUUCAUCUAAAGGGAAGGGUAAAGCUGUCUUGAAGCGUUCUCAGGAGGAGGGUAGAGGACCUCAAACGAGAAAUGCUGCUCGCAGAAGGGCAGCCCUUGACAAAGAUACCCAAAUGAAACCUGUAGAAGGGGAUUCUAGCUCAGAGGAUGAGGAGUUGGAUAUAUCUCCUGUAGAGAUUGAUGAUGCUCUUGUCAUUGAAGAUGAGGACAUAUCUGAUGACGAAGAUGAUGAUCAUGAAGAUGUCCUACGAGAUGAUUCUCUUCCUCUUUGCACUCCUGAUAAAGUACAUGAUGUGAAGUUGGGUGACUCUGGUGAGGAGAGCUCUAUGCCUCCAGCAACAGCUGAAAAUGCUGCCUCAGGAUCCAGUAGCAGAGCUGCUGCUACUUCUCGAGGCUCAGAUUCUGCUGACUUUAGGAGUCCCAACACUUUUAGUUCGAGGGGAGCAAUGUCCUUCGCUGCAGCUGCCAUGGCUGGCCUUGGAUCUGCUAAUGGUCGAGGUUAUAGAGGAGGCAGGGAUCGCCAUGGGCGGCUUUUGUCUGGUAGUUCUGGUGAACCUGCAAAACUGAUCUUUUCAGCAGGUGGGAAGCAGCUUAAUAGGCAUUUGACCAUCUAUCAGGCUGUUCAAAGGCAGCUUGUGCCGGAGGAUGAUGAUGAUGAGAGGUUUACUCCCAGCGACUUUGCAUCUGGCGAAGGAAGUAGGUUCUGGGGUGAUAUUUACACUAUUACAUACCAGAAGGCAGAAGGUCAAUCGGAUAGGGCAUCAUCAGCUGGGGGGUCAUCUACUUCCACAGCUUUGAAGUCUACAAAAUCCGGCGGUUCUUCCAGUUCCAACUCUGAUGCGCAGUCAAACAGGGUAUCGCUUCUGGACAGCAUAUUGCAGGCAGAACUCCCUUGUGAGCUCGAAAAAUCUAAUCCGACCUACAAUAUCCUGGCACUUUUGCGUGUUUUAGAGGGCUUAAAUCAGCUAGCGCCUCGGCUGAGAGCCCAGUUAGUGCGUGAUAGCUAUGCAGAAGGAAGAAUUUCUAACCUAGAUGAGCUCAACAUCAUUGGUAUGAGGGUUCCUUCCGAAGAAUUUAUUAACAGCAAGCUCACUCCCAAGUUGUCGCGACAAAUUCAAGAUGCACUCGCUUUAUGCAGUGGCAGUCUUCCGGCGUGGACUGGACAGUUGACCAAAGCCUGCCCAUUCUUAUUUCCAUUUGAAACACGUAGACAGUACUUCUAUUCAACAGCUUUCGGUCUAUCUCGGGCGUUAUAUCGUCUCCAGCAGCAACAGGGUGCUGAAGGUCAUGGUUCAACCAACGAAAGAGAAUUUCGGGUUGGCCGACUGCAGCGCCAGAAAGUCCGUGUCUCGCGAAACCGUAUCCUGGAUUCAGCUGCGAAAGUGAUGGAGAUGUAUUCUAGUCAGAGAGCUGUUCUUGAAGUAGAAUAUUUUGGGGAAGUUGGCACUGGGCUAGGUCCUACUUUGGAGUUCUACACUCUUUUAAGCCACGACUUGCAAAAAGUUGAGCUAGAAAUGUGGAGGUCUAGUUCUUCAUCCUUGAAACCCUCAAUGGACGUUGACUUGAACGAACAGAAUGAUGGAAAAAGUGCAGAACCAGCUGCUGGUAAUGGAAAUAUUGUCCUUGCUCCUCUUGGGUUGUUCCCACGUCCCUGGCCUCCCAAUUCCGAUGCUUCUGAUGGUAGUAAAUUCUCAAAAGUGAUCGAGUAUUUUCGACUGAUUGGGCGUGUAAUGGCCAAAGCUCUUCAAGAUGGACGACUUUUGGACUUGCCUCUCUCCACAGCAUUUUACAAGAUUGUGCUUGGUCAGGAGCUUGAUUUGCAUGACAUUCCAUCUUUAGAUGCUGAGCUUGGGAAGGUUCUGGAGGAACUCCAUGCAAUUGUUUGCAGGAAGCAGUACCUAGACUCAGCUGAUGGUGAUAAUCGUGAUGCGGUGGCAGAUUUACGUUUUGAUGGAGCUCGACUCGAAGAUCUGUACUUGGAUUUUACUCUUCCUGGUUAUCCUGAUUAUAUCAUGAAGCCAGGGAAUGAAACUGUUGAUAUAAAUAACCUGGAAGAGUACAUAUUGCUGGUAGUUGAUGCGACUGUUAAAUCAGGAAUAGCACGUCAAGUGGAAGCAUUUAGAGCCGGUUUCAAUCAGGUUUUUGACAUUUCGUCUCUGCAAAUAUUUACACCACAAGAGCUGGAUUAUCUGCUAUGUGGUCGUAGAGAGCUGUGGGAGGCGGAGACGCUAGUAGAGCACAUAAAGUUCGAUCAUGGCUACACAGCUAAGAGUCCUGCCAUUAUCAGCUUGCUUGAGAUUAUGGGAGAGUUCACACCAGAGCAACAGCGGGCCUUCUGCCAGUUUGUGACUGGGGCUCCAAGGCUUCCACCUGGUGGAUUGGCAGUGCUGAAUCCAAAGUUGACAAUCGUCAGAAAGCACUCAUCGACUAUGAGUAAUGUACCAGUCAAUGGAAAUGGGCCUUCAGAAUCAGCAGAUGAUGACCUACCAAGUGUCAUGACUUGUGCCAAUUACUUGAAACUUCCACCAUAUUCCACCAAGGAGAUAAUGUACAAGAAAUUGCUGUAUGCGAUCAAUGAAGGGCAAGGAUCAUUUGAUCUCUCAUGAGACGUUUUUGAGGACUCUAACCCAGGCGGAGGUUUGUGAAUAUCAAGUUCUUUUGCCGAUAUUGUUUCGAUUAUAUCCUUCUCCUGGAUGGUUUUUUUGGUCGGAUCGGAAGUAGAAGAUCACCGUGUUCUCCCAUUCUCCCCCAAAUAAUGAAUGGCCGAUUCUUUCGUUCCCAAUUAGCAGCAUUCUUGAGGUAGUGAGCACCACCGUACUAUAUUCAUGGUCUUAGAGCGAAGGAGAAAUGCAGACUACUCUUCCCUUUUUCUCAGCUGUGUCAGAGAGCCUGUAAAUAAAAGUAGCCCCCCAACCUCCAUUUAUUUACUGUUUUGCCCCCUAUCUUUUGUGCUUUUGGGCCCCGCUCAGUCUGAAUGAAUUAUUUUACAAGUGAAUGUAUGGCAUAAAAAAGUGACUUAAGGAAAAUAAAUGUAUGAUUCGAAAUUUCCAACA